AUGAGCGGUAAAGAAUGUUUCAAGUGUGGAGGGUCUGGCCACUGGGCCCGGGAGUGCCCUAAAGGAGGAGCUCGAGGGCGAGGACCUAGAGGCCGCGGCAGAGGUCCUCAGUGCAGUUCCACCACCCAAUCUGACAUCUGUUACCGCUGUGGUGAGACUGGUCAUCAUGUCAAAAACUGUGACCUUCACCAGAACAUCUGCUACAACUGUGGGAGAAGUGGCCACAUCGCCAAAGACUGUAUGGAUCCUAAAAGAGACAGAGAACAGUGCUGUUACACCUGCGGCAGACCAGGCCAUUUAGCUCGUGAUUGUGACCAUCAGGAAGAACAGAAAUGCUACUCUUGCGGUGAAUUCGGGCACAUCCAGAAAGACUGUACCCAAGUCAAAUGCUACCGAUGUGGCGAGACCGGCCAUGUAGCAGUGAACUGUAGUAAGGCAAGCGAAGUGAACUGCUACCGCUGUGGCGAAUCUGGACAUCUAGCCAGGGAAUGCCCCAUUGAGGCUACUGCUUAG